CGGGCCUCGAGCAGCUUGUCGGUGUCCCCCGACUCGAUCCCUGACGUCUUCUUCCUGCGGGUGCGGCUGGAGGAGACCGGGGAGAUGUUCCGCGUGGCCAACUGCCGCAGCGACAUGACCGUGCGCGAGCUCAAGGAGGAGCUGGACCUGAUGGUCGGCAUCCCCCUUAACCUGCAGCGCCUGCAGUACCUGGAUGAAGGAGUUUUGAUGGAUAACUCCACGCUGAAGUUCCAUGAUGUCGCUCCCGGCGGGGUUAUUUCUUUAUGUAUCUGGCAUUACGAUGGUUGGACGGAGCUGGUUUUAGCAGCCGUGGAAGGGGAUCCCAGUAAGCUGUCCUGUCUUGGUAUCAGUGAGGAGUCCUUCUACCGGACGGCGAAUUCGCAGAACUUUCAGGGUGAGAGGUGGAAGCAGUGGACUUCUCAGAGAGCAUGUGUGGCCUUGUACAUCACCUCUCACAGAGGCCAUGUGGACACUGUGCGGUACCUCCUAGAACAUGGAGCCGACUGCCUCGGCAGGACCCCACUGGGCAGGACCCCGCUGCACGUGGUUGCGGCCAUGGGUCGGUUGGAUUGCAUCGGGCCCCUGCUGGAGUACGGCGCCUCCAUCCACGACAGGGACGCCAGGGGCGAGACGCCCAUCGCCAUCGCCCGCCGCCUGAAGCGCAGGCAGAGCGAGAGGACCAUGUUCCUCCUGUACUGGCUGGCCAAGUCCGGGGCGAAGGACCCCAACGACUUGUUGCUGAAGGAGGUCCUCCAGAAAGGCAGCUCUUCGGGCAAGUCCAAGAAAAGCAGCCCUUCGGGCAAGUCCAAGAAGACCCCCAGGCGUCUAAUGCACCAGGAUAAUAGGGGUGAAAACGGUAAUGACAACAGCCUCGCUGCCACUGUGUGGAGCGAGCGCCAGCCCACGGUGGGAGGUCGUGAGCUGCAUGCGCCCUUCCCCGGGGAGCUGCGGGACACGCUGGGAGGCCCGGGCUGCCGGCUGGCUGGGCUCAGCAAGGAGGGGCGGCUGUGCAAGGGCCUCCGCUCUGGGCUCCCUCCUGGCUGGCCACGGAGGAGAUAA